CUGGUUCCCAAAGUUGCCAUUCCCUUGCCCGCCAAUCGUCUGGGGUUGGCUCUUCCCUGCCAGAUCCAGGUCGAAUCCGGAGAUUGUUCUAGCACCAUGGUUCGCUGUGCUCGAUCUAGGGCCCACGCCCACGACUUCGACGUCGUCGAAGACCACACGGCCUCUGCUUCCAACCAACACGCUUUAAUUAACGCAAACGUCACUCUUAGCUCCAAUCCCUUUGCUCUACUCGACAGACCUGACACUAACACCGAUCGAAGUCCCUCAGACUUCAUCGACUCGCUAACCGACAAACUCAAAGAGCUUCAUAUCUACAGUCCUGAGAAGAACCGCGGCGACACAUCAUUGCGGGAACGUUGCUUGACUCGAUCGACGAUUCACACUGAGAUCUUCCCGCCGUUCGAGGUUGUCCGGGAAGAAGCUGAAGAGUGUGACAACAGCGCGGUUGAGACCACUCAUGCGCAAGGACCAUUCCUUGCCAAAAGCCCUCGAGUGACCGACGACGGCGAGGGUGAUCCCUCGUUGGCUGAAACACACGCAUCAACGGCUGCUGCCACUCGCCAGGCACCAUUUGAAGCCAGCUUCCCCUCCGAAGAACACCAUUCACCGGGAAACAACCACUGUGUUCAAUUGUCCAUCGCGCGACACAAGGCAGGUCAGUAUGACUAUGUACUUUCAGUAGAUGCCUCAGCGACGCGUAUCAGAUCGUCCCAACACCAGGGCGACUCUUCGCAACGCUAUGGCUGCAAUCUUUUGUCGCAGCGCCAAUACUCCCCGGCUUCUGUCUGCAGUCAGGGCAAAGCGGCUAAUGCCUAUCGAUUCCUAGCUACGCCUCUAGGUGAUGAAGAACUCGUGCCACAAGACGCAUCGCCAAUCCUAGCCCAAGAAGAGAAUAUGGCCGUCGCCGAACCCAUUGUUCGACUUGUCUCUCCCAAUAUGGCUGGGAACCAAGCUGCAUUCAACAAGGACGGACAAUCAAAUGUCACCGUUGCCGUUGUUGAGCAGACUCAACAAAAGUCAACCGGCGGUCAUGAGCAUGUGAAGGAGUCGUCGGUCGAGGUCAUCGACCACCCGAAGACACGGGUCAUUUCCGUCUCGACAGAUGAAAGCAGCGACCUGGCUCCUUCCACGCCAUCGCGAUCAACCUCAGCCAGUUCGCAGUCACGCAUCGAGGAUUCUCUGGAAGCCAUUGAUAGACUCGAAGAGCAGCUAGAACUAGUAGAUGCCGCCAUCACACCACCAAGCAAAUCCCGUCGACACCAGAUGUUGACUGUCGAAUCUUCAUCUGCGAAAAAGACCGACAUCGGACGUACAGGCCCUUUCGUGAAGCGCGAGCAACCCACCAAGGCCGGCUUCAAGCCCGCCGUUUCGCAGGCGCGCGCAGCGCAGAGACAGUCGAUCGCAGUCGUCACCGCGAAAGCAACUCCGGAGUCCCCGGUCAAGGCGGUCACCAAGCGGGCUUCUGUGUCCCGUCCGACCAGCUUACUGCCACCCAAAUCUCCCGCAAAAUCCACCAAGGCGCCCACGAAGCCCUCCUUUGAACUCCCGGGAGAGGCUGUCGCUAGACGUCUCAAGGAGCAACGCGAAGCCCGUCGGGCGGCUCAAGAGACAGCCACGGCUGCCGCAGUGCCUCAAAGAACUAGAUCGACCAAAGCACCGACCCGUCCCAACUUUGAGCUUCCCGGAGAGCGAAUCUCCCAGCGCAAGAGGGAGGAGCAACAGGCUAAGCUGAAGGCGGAAGAAGAGAGACAACGACAACGUCGUGAGUUCAAGGCGCGCCCUAUCAAAGCAAACCUCAACUCUGCCUCUUACCCUCGAGAGACCGCCACUAGCCGUGCUCGUCAGGGCAAGGGUUCCGAGCCGGUGGAAGUUGAACAGAGUCCUCCCAAGCGCUCCUCGAUCUUGGGCACUCCCCGGACGCCACUCACGAGGUCUGGAUCAAUUAGAUCUCCGCAGUCUCGAGGCAGAGGCAUAUCCCAGGCUACGACUGCCUCGGAGGCCAGCCGCGCGACCUCGACAUCCACGAGCAGCAUGAGUGGCAAGCGUAGCACGCUCUCCGCCGAGGAACUGGAACAGCAGAAGCUUAAGGGCAGAGCGGUUUUCCAGCGCGACAAUUGCUACGUGGAAGACAAGGAGAGAGAACGCCGUGAACGCGAAAUCAACGCCAAGCUUGCUCGCGAGCAGGCUGCCGAACGUUCUAGACAAGCGAGUCGAGAAUGGGCCGAGAAACAACGACAACGACGCAAGGAGCUUGCUGCUGCUGAUGCGGUAGUCCAAAGAGCCAAUUAG